AUGUAUCUAUUAAUCAAUCUUAGUAUACAUAUUCAAAAGAUGAAGAGACAAACAAAACUUCUUUAAACAAGAAAGAAAGAAAAUUUUGAUAAUUUUUUUUAAUUUGAUAAAUUAAUAAAAUUUAGAAAAGAAGAUAAGAGGGGAAAACAAACAAACAAACAAACAAAAAAUCAAAUAAAUAAAUUAAUAUAUAAAUAAAUAAAUAAACAAACACAUAAGCAAGCAUAUAAGCAAACUAUCCAAAUACAUAAUUAAGUUAAUCAAUCUUAAAUAAAUUAAUAUCAAUCAACACAUUAGAAAGAAGAAAGAAAGAAAGAAAGCGAUCAAGCUGCAGAAAUCAAAAGUCAAAAAAAUCAUAAACCAGAAGAAAAAGAAAAAAUCCUCAAAAAAAUACAAAUUUUUUGCAUUAAAUCUAGCGCUGUACGAUAGUGUUUGGAACUCAUUUUGACAAUAAAAUUAAAGAAGAAACCAUCCUGA